UUACAACAAAAAAAAAUUUGCUAGAAUAAUUGUGAUUGUGAUUCUGAUUCUGUUCAUUUUUUUAAAAUUAUGGCCGCAAUCGAUAUGAUUGUCGAUAAUAGAGAAAAAUUUAAUAAACAACGUAAACAAUAUGAUGAAUUUGAUGUUGAAAAAAUGAAAAAUUUUUCUAUAAUCCCGAAUUCCGAUGAAAAUGAAGAUGUUAGCAAAGAAAAAGAAAAUAAGAUUAUGGAACAAGGACAAAAAAUGAGCAAAAGUGGAAAUGCCGAAGGAUUGGCAAAAUUUAUUCGUGAAAUUCGACCGGUACUAAAAACAUUUUCAAAAGCAAAAGCAGCCAAAAUUGUUCGACAUUUAGUGGAUUUAUUUCUGGAAAUGAACACUAAACAUGGUGUCGAGGUUUCAUUAUGUCUUGAAUGUAUUGAAUGGGCUAAAGAAGAGAAACGAUCAUUAUUGCGGCAAUCAUUGGAAACACGUCUUAUUGCUCUUUAUUAUGACCUGAAAAAUUAUCCCGAUGCAUUGAAAUUAAGUUCAUCAUUGUUACGGGAAUUGAAAAAACUUGAUGAUAAAAAUCUUUUGGUAGAAGUUUUACUUCUUGAAAGUAAAACCUAUCAUGCAUUAUCGAAUCUACAGAAAGCACGUGCAGCAUUAACUAGUGCACGUACCACAGCCAAUGCGAUCUAUUGUCCACCGAAACUUCAAGCCGAACUUGAUCUACAAUCCGGUAUUCUACAUGCAGCCGAUGAACGUGAUUUUAAAACGGCAUUUUCAUAUUUUUAUGAAGCUUUUGAAAGCUAUGAUUCUAUUGAUCAAACAAAUAAAGCCACAGUUGCUUUGAAAUACAUGUUAUUAUCGAAGAUCAUGCUCAAUAGUGCCGAUGAUGUACCAGCCAUAACAGUUGGAAAAUUAGCUUUAAAAUAUUCUGGACCUAAUAUCGAAGCAAUGAAAGCAAUAGCAAAAUCAAGCCAUGAUCGUAGUUUACAUGCCUAUCAGGAGGCAUUAAAAACAUAUAAACAAGAGCUUUGUGAUGAUCCAAUCAUAAAAGCACAUUUGAAUUCACUUUAUGAUACAAUGUUGGAACAGAAUCUAUGUCGUCUUAUUGAGCCUUAUUCACGGGUUGAGGUUGCCUACAUAGCAUCAUUAAUAAAAUUGCCUAAAGAUAAGAUUGAAAAAAAAUUAUCACAAAUGAUUUUGGAUGAAAAAUUUAGCGGUAUUCUCGAUCAAUUUGAAGGCGUAUUGAUCAUAUUCGAUGAUCAGCCAACGGAUAAAACAUAUACAGCUGCAUUGGAAACAAUACAUAGUAUUGGAAAGGUUGUCGAUUCAUUAUAUCAAAAAGCAAAAAGAUUGACAUAAUUACUACUUCAACAACAACAACAACAACAAAAAUAAAUAAAUAACCGAUCACCAAAACAAACAAAUGAAAAUAAAUGCUCGCCGCCGCCUAAUUUUAUUUCAAACAAUUUUCGGUCAAUUUGUCAAUAGAACACAUUAUCCACACCUUUUUUCUCUUCCUUAAUACACAAACACACACACACACACAAAUACCUAGCGGUUCUUUAUAAAUACAAAAUUUGUUUUAAAAAGAAUAAAAAAAAAGA